GCUUAUUAUCAUGGGAUGGGCCUUUUAACGUCUUCACCAAAAACCACCGAGGUUGUGUGGGGUGCAUGUUAGAGCGGAACACCAGGGACCUCAACACGAGCAGGAGGGGUGUUAUAGAUAUCCUGGAAAAUGCAUUUAUUAUUAAUCAAAUGAAGGUUUCAGACUCCUCAGGAACAGAGAGAACAGAAAGAGGAAGUGUUUGAAAGAAGAGCAGAGGAAUGCUCAGGAAGGAAAACUCCCGACCAUACAGAGAGUUUAAUGAUGAAGAUGAUGAUUAUGACCAGAGGUCUCCAGAAUUUUUUGACGAUGCCACCGAAGACCUGGACCGGGAGGAGCAGAGCGCCAGCAUCUCACAAGAGGAGGACAUCAGAGGAAGCAGUCCGUCGAUGCGCUUCAGUAAAACCUGCCUGAAGAAUGUCUUCACCGUGGUGCUCAUCUUCAUCUACCUGCUGCUCACUGCGGUGGCAAUAUUCCUCGCCUACCAGACCAUCAAUGAGUUUUUGGAAAAACAGAUCAACCCUGUGAUGUCCGUCACUUACAAAGAGGUGGAAACCUUCUCACCACCAGGUAUCGCUCUGUACCCGGGCAAAGCUAAACUGUUGAGCUGCAGACAUCACUUCCACGACUACAUCCCGCCUCUAGUGGACCCGGGGAAGCCCCAAAAAGGAGACUGCGUGAUUAAAGACGUGACUUACCACGGACCUUUUUCCAAUCAGACACAGAAAAGAGCUUUAGUGGUCCGUGGCCCCUCUCAGGUCAGGCAGAAGGAGCUGAUCUUCAUGCAGUUCAGUCACAAUGAAACAGAAGAGGACUUCAGCGCCAUCACUUACAUGCUUUUUGCAAAGUUUAGUGACUUGAAUAACAGUGUGAAUGAACCAGAGUUCAUGAGGGAGUGUGAGAGGAAUUACUCCAUGUGGACUUUCUCUGGAGGAUUCAGAACCUGGGUUAAAAUGUCUUUAGUGAAGACGUCUGGGAAGACCAACGAAGGCAUCGAGUUUCGGCAAGAGUCUGCUGUAGUGAAAUUCAAUGACAAAAGGCCUGAACCAGAGCAGACCAAUCAGCUGUUCUUUGCUGUCUUUGAAUGGCGGGAUCCUUACAUGCAAGAAAUUAAACUGAUAGUUACUGCAAAUCCCUGGAGCUCUGUGGCCAUCCUCUGCGGAGUCUUCAUGGCUCUCUUCAAGGCCGCAAAUUUCGCCAAACUCAGCAUUCAGUGGAUCAUCAAAAUGAGGAAGAGGCAUCUGAGGAACAAAGCCCGGGAAAUGAACCCGAUCACUGAUAACUGAAGUGUUAACACAAACAAGAUCUGAAUUUUUUUAAGGGAUUGAUCAGAGUCUUAUUUUGUCACUGUUGAAUCUUCACUAAGGGUCACCUGUUGCACUGUUCUGCAAUCACUGAUAAGGAAGUCAACCAAUAACUUGUAAUCUGAAUCUUAAGUUUUUGCAUUUCAUAAAUAUUUUCUUAGACAUUCCUUGAAAUGAAGUUUCUGAACGCACACACAAAAGAAAACGUUGCUGAAGGCUGAGACACUUGUUUUAUAUGUUAUGGUUUUAGAGCUUUUAGAGAUAUGUCUGUAUAUAAAUGGACGACGCCUUCAUCUCCUCCUUUUUUAAGAAGUGAAGCCAAAAGACCGUCCCUGACUGAGAGCACUGGUGAUGUAGAUUGGAGCUAAGAUGUAAUGCCCCUCUUGCUAACCAAAGCACACAUUCAACUUACAGACAAAUCAAACAUUCUGGCUUCACUUUGGAGGAGCUGUUCUGUCAUCCAAGAGUAAAACAGAGAAAUGUGAACUUUGGUCAAAAUAAUGCUGGAUAUUUUAAAAUUGUAUUGUGUAAUCUUAUCCUAAAGGGAAUUUUGUUGUAGUGUUUUAUGCUUGUGUCCUUUUGUUUUUCAAGAAUGUACCACAAUUAUUUCACAAAGCAUCAUAAUAGUGUUGUUAACUCGAUAAGGGAUCACUUCAGAAUAGUCCACUGUUUAUUUUUAUAGAGUUUAGGAUGUUUCUUCUACUGUGGCUUUUAUUUGAUUUUAACAUAGCACCACAUCUGCAAGUCUCUUCACUGCUGUUUAGUUUCUACUUGAAUUAAUGUCUGAAUUAUGUUGUCAUUAUAAUGCUUGUUUGGAGCGAUUUUGGAAAAUAAAACAUAUAUUUUACAUCUCA